UCUUUGGUGAUACUGUAUUUAUAGCUUCCCCUUGGCAAGGGAAGACUUGUCUAAUUACUAAAGACAUAGUUCGUAGUAAUCCAAUAAAGCAGUAAACCCUGCACUGGCCGCUGUUCUCUUAUUUCAGGCAAAAGAGCAGACCAAGAGGAGCUGCCACUGGGUUGUAGCUGAGGUACUGAAGCUUCAAGCACACACUAGCAUCAAGUGAGUCCUUUCCCAUAAGCUGUCACUACAAGCUGUGCAGGCAGCUGGAAACUAACGUGUCAAAAUGACCGAGCGUUUUGAUUGCCAUCACUGCAGUGAAUCCCUGUUUGGAAGGAAAUACAUCCUGAGAGAAGAGGAUCCCUACUGUGUGAAGUGCUUUGAGAGCCUGUACUCUAACACAUGCGAGGAGUGCAAGAAACCUAUUGGCUGUGACUGCAAGGAUCUGUCCUACAAGGAUCGGCACUGGCAUGAGAAUUGCUUUCACUGCUUCCAAUGCAAGAACUCUCUAGUGGACAAGCCUUUUGCUGCCAAAGAUGAGCAUCUCCUUUGUACUGAAUGCUACUCCAAUGAAUACUCUUCCAAAUGUUCAGAGUGCAAGAAGACAAUCAUGCCAGGUACUCGCAAGAUGGAAUACAGAGGUAAUAGCUGGCAUGAGACCUGCUUCAUCUGUCAUCGCUGCCAGCAGCCAAUUGGAACUAAGAGCUUCAUUCCUAAGGAUGAUCAGAACUUCUGCGUGCCAUGCUAUGAGAAGCAAUUUGCAAUGCAGUGUGUUCAAUGCAAGAAGGCUAUUACUACCGGGGGAGUCACUUAUAGAGAACAGCCUUGGCAUAAAGAAUGCUUUGUUUGCACUGAAUGCAAGAAGCAGCUGUCUGGACAGCGUUUCACUUCCCGGGAUGAGGAUGCCUACUGCCUCAACUGCUUCUGUAAUUUAUAUGCCAAGAAGUGUGCUGGAUGCACCAACCCCAUCAGUGUUCCUCGGUAUCCUUCUGAAUGGUGGAUGGGCUUCAGAUCCCAGGUCCAGGUCAAUAAAAAAGGAAAAACCAAAAGAACCAAAAAGACCAAAACCAAAAGACCAAAAGAAAAGAAACCUAAAGCUCAGGUAAGUAAGGAAGGAGACUUUUUGGAAUUAAAAUAUAAAGAAAAAGGAAUGAUGGAAUUUAUUUUUAUUUGAAAUUCACCUUCCAAUAUUUCUUUUUCAGAUUUCUUUCUUAAUACAAAGAUUUCAUGAUAUUGGACAAUAAAAUAUUGAAUUCACUACCUCAUCUUCAUUCCUAUUGUAGGAAUAAUAAUAUCAUCUAGCACUUGGAAGAUUUGUAACAAUAAGAAUAAAGUCUUCUCAGGGCAGCUAGGUGGCACAGUGGAUACAGCACCAACUCUGAAGUCAGGAGGACCCAAGUUCAACUUUGAACAUUUCCUAACUGUGUGAUCCUGGGCAAGUCACUUAACCCCACUUGCUUUAGGAAAAAAAAAAGAAUGAAUUUGUCUCUAGAUAGAAACUAGAAAAUUUCAUGAAGAGGGAAAUUAAUUCCAGACUCCUUCCAUCCCUUAAGCCUCCUUUGCUAUAUUCUUUUAUUAUCAGACUUAGUAUGACCAACAGUGGGGUUUCUGGGCUUUUUUAUUGGGAUGGAAGCUGUAUUCUAUUUUCUCAAGGUUUGCCCACUGACUCCAGCCUAUGGAGCAUGGUGAAUAAAGUAACACCAAGUAUAAAAUGACUUCUCCAUGACUUCAGUUCAAUAAAGUGUUAAAAAGUGGGAUAGAUUUGAACUCAGAGACUCUCUGGGGGCCUCAGUUUUAUUAAAAUGAGGGAACUGAAAAAGGAAUAAAUGAGAUUCUAUUUGCUCCUUUCUUCUAUUCUUCCUCGGUGGAAAGAAAGUGGCUAUCAAAGAGAAACCAAAGUAAAAAAGUACUUUGUUUGGCACUUAUCUAAUGCAUUUAUUGUAGGAUAUUGUAUAUUAUAUGUUUAUGUCUCAUUCUCAAUUCCAUGAGGACAGGAAGAACUGCAUAUUAUCCAAAUUCUGUAUUUCUUUCAAUCAGUCAAUAACAAUUAACCUAGUCACAUUUAUUAAUUUAGUUACAGCCUCAGUAUCUAUGAUUACACAAAGUAGAUACAUAAUGCUUUUUUUCAUUGAAUUGAACUCUUAAUUUAGGUUUUGCAUAACUCAAGGGAUGGUUAAAUGAUUUCAAAACCAUUCCUAUCUAUGUUGUUAGAAAACUUCAAAGUACCUUAUAAUGAUGGUGUUUAUAUGGACUUGAUUUUUUUCAGGAUAGCCUCAGUUUCAAGGAAAGAAGGGAUACACCUAAUGAAUUUAAUAAAAUUUGAAAAAAUAAUUCUUUGACCAUGUAUUCUUGGUUUAGAAUAUAUGGUCAAUAUAUGGUCACUCAUUUUCAUAAAAUUCAAAUUUUAACAAAAUUACUAAGUAUUUUGGUUAUUAGGUCUUUGUUGGUUAUUUAUUACAACUCAGUCUAGUUCGUCUUGAGAGAUGCCAUUCAUGAGGGUAAGAAGAUAUAUGUGGAAAUGACAGUGAUCUUUUAUUUAAUUUUUAAAAUUAAUUUUUAUAUCUUUUUUUACAUCAUCGUAUUUUCUCCAAUAUCCUAGUAUGAGCCCUUUCAUAUAACAAUUAGUAUUUUUAAAGAUUAAAGAAAAAGGAAAUGAAAAAAAUCAGUACAAUUGAUCAAUACUUUGAAAAAAUCUAAAAACAAAUGCAAUUUGUGAUACCUGUGGACCUUCUAUCUCAUCAAAGGGGAAGCUUGGGAUAAUCCUCUCAUAUCUCUUUUUUUGAACCAUGCUUUAUAUAACUUUAAAACAUUUACUUUUGAUUUUUCUGUGUGUGUAGUUGUUCUUUCCAUGUAUAUUGUUUUAGUCCUUGUCUAUAAUGUUUUGACUCUGCUUUACUCUGCAUAAGUUUAUGUGAAAAUACCAAAAAAAAAAAAAAAAAAAAAAAAAAAAAAAAAAAAAAAAGAUUUCAAUUAUUUAAAAUCCAUUAUGAAAGAGUUGUAGAAUUUGGAUUAAUAUACUCUAAUAUAGUAGACUAGAAAUAACCAAUGGUUUAAAUUCACCAUAAGCAGCUGAUAGUAAUAUACAAAAACAUAUACUUAUACAUAAGUAUGUAAUAUACAAAAACAUAUACAUAAGUAUGUAUGUACACAUAUAUGUACAUAUCAGCUAAGUA